UCAUCUUCAUUUGAACAACUUUGGUAAUCAGGAACGUCAGGCAAUUGUCUAACAGAUGUAAACAAGUCAUUGCGGUGUUGAGUGACACUUCGAGAUUACUGUCGCAAGUCAGAUUUGAUAAGAGUGACACGAUUAGAAGCAAAGUAUGUCGACACUGACAGAUUCAAGAAAUUCGCCUCUGUCUGAUGCAGGCUCCGAAAGUGGUUUUGGUACUCUAACAAUGGGAGAAAAAGCACUCAUCAAAAAAAGUAGCAGCAGUAAACACCAUGAAAACAACUUGAGGGGCGGUUAUAAGCCAGUACACGAGCAAGCCGUCCCGAAAACCGGAUUGCGAGGCCGGAAAACAUAUGCGUUUUGGACACUGGUUAUACUCUUGUUCUUUUUGGCAAUGGGGAACCUUUUGCUAACAUUUGUUAUUUUAGGUGUAUUAAGGUUAGGCCAAGGUAUGGAGAGUCUCGAACUAGUACCGGAACAAGGUUUGAUAACUUUCUAUGGCACUACCGACCUGGACAGAGUGUACAAGCCGGACGGCAAAUUAGAGGGAUUUGAUGAAUGGCCUGUUGAAAUUGCCGGUGACAACAAUUCAGUUUCAUUAAGGAUCGAUGGAAAAGAUGCCACUAAAAUGUCAGAAUUAAAAAUGAGCCUAGACAAUGCGACAGUUAAUAAUGUAAAAUCCUUUGAUGUACAUGAUCCAGUAUCAGGAAAGCCUAUAUUUUCCACAGGAUUUCCCAAUUUUGGCCUACCACAUGGAGUUGAUAAACUUCAAAUUAAAAUAGCACAGACACGCAGGAUCACGAGUUCUGUCAACAAUAGCCUCUAUCUACAGUCACGGACAUUUAUACGUCUUAAAGGAAAUGAAGGGACACGAAUGGAAGGUAGGGAAAUUGUAUGGUCUGCAGAUCAAGAUAUUUUUCUAAAAAGUGUUAAUGGUAGUGUUACUCUAGAUGGGCAUGAAGGGAUUUCAAUUAAUAUGAAGGAUAUACCAUCAGUGAAUCACGAUAGAGAUUCAUCAGUGCAAUUGAUAACACAGUACAAAUUGUGUGUCUGCUGGCCAGGUGGUAAAUUAUACAGAGUGCCAGUUACUUUGGGAGAAAAUGCACGUAUAGCAUGUCACAAUGUUGAUUUCUCUCCCUUGAUGAAUCCAUGUAUAUGAAACAUAUACAGUAGCUGUUCACUAGUGAGCAUGUACCAUUGCAGGUAAGCCAGUGUAAAUAAUCAAUGAGAAUGGAAAUGAACUGUGUAUAACAUCCUGAUUUUUCAUUUCUGUUAUUAAUAGCACAGCAGAGAAACACUAGUUCUCAACUGGCAAUAAUGCAUAUUUCUUAUGAAGUGUGCAGAUGAGUUACGAACAGUUGCUUAGUUUAGCUGUGUGUUUUGUGGAUCAUAGGUAGGAUGCACUGAAAUAGCACAGUUUAGAAACGUUGCAGGUAUUUCACCAUUUUAAUAUGACUGCACACUUCGAAUUUACUUGCCUGUACUAGUGACAAUUAACUUAGUUUAAUGUCAAACAUAAGUAUGUCUUGUAAUACUUUUUUCUCAUACAGUAUUGAAGUAAAUGAGAAAGUCAUCUAUCGAAAAACUGGUAACAGUCAGGUGUCAAGAUUGUGUGUUAGCAUGGUCUGAACACUUCAGUAGCUGAAUACAAGUUGGGCGAAAGGUAACUUCUUCACUUCCUUGUACUUCGUAUAAAUUCAAUGGUCCUGUUUUUCUUCCCGAAGUGAAAUAACAUGACUCAUUGUGUUUACUGAACAACCACGCGUCAGUGUAAAAUGGUACUUACACUGUUUCUUUCCAAGCCAAAUAACUCACCAACGAGCUUCUCUGUAUUUUUAAGUAAGCCUCACCUGGUGUGCUUCAAGAGUAAGUGCUUUGAUGGAAGAAAUAUACCGACAAAAAAUUACAGAGUGCCAUUGUUUUACAUUUAUCUAGUCAUUAAACGUUUUCAAAGCCAGUCGUGAAGUCAUAUUUCGUGCUGAGUCUAGUCAUUGGUAGUAUUAGCACAAUAGAAAUAGUGCAUAAUUAAUAGUUAAUGUAAAACAGUUACUAGUUUUUGUAAAAAGGCAAAUAGUGUUUUAAAAUAUGUAACAAAAUUUUAAUUAAGAAACUCGUGCUACUAGUCACCUUGCCUUAAAAGUCUGACUCAUUGUAAGUUAUGGAUCUAUUUAUUGUUGAUUUAAUUCAGCAAAUACUCAGUAUUACACAAUAUUUUUCUGCAAAACUGUUGUGUAAGGUAAUACGCUCAAUAUGUUUACAUUAAAAAAUUCUAAUGGAUGAAAAACCUAAGUGCAAUAUCCCUGUCUUUACAUUAAAUGUGCAAA